GCUUUGCUACUUGCCAACAAUGUCCCCUCUGACACAGGAGGGUUGUAUGUGGCUCUCUCCACAGAAGAUUGUUGCUCUAGGAAUUUACAAGUGUUACUAGUGAUUGAUUUACCUACAUAGAUCCCCUUCCCUCAGCAUCUAAAGCACCAUUCUGUAAGGUGCUGAGUGUCUCCUGUCAAUGGUAAGCCCCUUCAACUCCCAUGGAUCUGAGAUGUGCUAUGUAUACUUCACAGGAGGCACCUCACAGAAUCAGUUCCUCAAUGUUUUGCCUCUUCAGUGUUCCCCAUUGACUCAGGAACUGAAUUUGAAUCUCCACAUGGUGGUAUUAUUCCAGUCCCCCUGCCCAAUAGAGUUGCUGUCCCUACAAUGAUAUUUUGAAUGAUGUCAGUAUAUACAGCUCAUGAUUAGAUUUUGUAUGUCCCUUUAAAGAAGUUGCCUAGUGAUCACUGAUAUACACAUUCCAUAAUUAAAGUGAUUUGCCUUGCCACGGAGCUCCUCACUAGGAUGGAAUGAGUCAGAUGAAUUUCUUGAACAGAGACUGACUCCUUAGGCUGGGCCUCGAGAGAGCAACUUCAGUAGUGAUAUAAUUGCCUUAUAUCAGUGGAGCUGACAUGUAAAGUAAGUAAUAAUUCUACCACUGCAGACAACUGAUAUUUCAAGGAUUAUCUAAUAGAAGCUAGAAAUUCAAGGAUUACCUAAAAUAAACUAAAGAGUCUUGAAGUAUUUUGUCAGAUUAAAAAAUUAAAUAUACUGAUAAUCUGCUAGGGAAAUAAUUUUAAUUUGUUUAUACAGGAACAUGAAAGACUGUAAAAUCCAAAAUAUGCAGACAACAGUCAGUCAGAAAACUUUCACUUCCUAGAGUUUCAGGUUUUCUUCAUUCUAUCAGGGAAAAUUUAUCUAUAACAAGCCAGUCACAUGAUGGUUGCUUUAGAAGCUUAGGACAAAAUACUUGAAGAAAUGUGAUCAUAGGGGUUUAUAUUUAAUAAAGUCCUGUCUGAAAAGAUAACCAGGCUGUAAAAUCAAAUCGCCAAGCACAAACAUUUACAUUGCUUUGUAUAACAGUACCAAUUUGAAAAAGUAUGUGCACUGUAAGUUUUCUGUGUAGAAGACAAAUCACUAGGGACCAGAUCUGUAAAGUAUUUGGAAACCAACUCCCAUUGGAAGUUAGGUGCCUAAAUACUGUUAUGAACUGGGUGAAAACUAGCUAUGAGCUGGGUUAAAGCCCCAUUGAGGGUGAUGGGUGUGAAUUCUUGCUUCAGUUAACAACUGUAAUAUAAGCCCCACCUAAAACAAAAAGUGUAUGUGAACCCCCCCAGGAGCUUUUGGGCUGAGUAUUGUUUUGGUAGGUGUGUGUAGGUGAGUGAGAGAACAUACACAGACUGAAGCCUUGUCUACAUUACAGUGGAUGCGUACACACUGCAAUGCGACUUUUGGCGGGGAAAAUGCCCUGUUUUGGCAACAAAAUAAAACCAACCCGACGAGGGACAUAAGACUUUUUGAGCAAAAUUUUUGUCGACAAAGUGCCAGUGUAGACAUCACGCUUGAUUUUAGCACUUCAAUUGGCUUUCAGGAGGUGUCCCACAAUGCCCAUCGUGACCGCUCUGUUCAGCAGUUUGAAUUCUACUGCCCUGCAGCCAGGUAAACAACCAUCCUCCCCUCCCCCUUAGAGGCCCUGGGAAUUUUUGAAAUUCCAUUUCCUGUUUGCUCAGCAUGGAGAGGUCUCAUUGCAUCUUCCCGGGUGACCAUGGCAGGGUAUUGCAGCAAACGCUCUCUCGCUUGGACCAGGACAGAAAUACUGGAUCUGCUCAGUAUAUGGGGAAAGGAGGCUGUGCAGCCCCAGCUGCGCUUGAGCCAUAGGAAUUUUGAUAUCUAGGGGCAGAUUUCUUGAGGCUUGUGCGAAAAGGACUAUGGUCGGGACAUGCUGCAGUGCAGAGCGAAGAUAAAGGCGCUGAGGCAGGCGUACCAUAAGGCAAGGGAGGCAAACUGUCGCUCCAGUGCUGCACCUAAGACCUGCUGGUUCUAUAAAGAGCUGGAUGCUAUUCUCAGUGGCAACCCCACCUCCACCACCAAGAGCCCCAUGGAUACUUCGGCGGGCCGUGAGGUGGCAGAAAGAGGACCUAACCCAGAGGACGAAGUCAUUGAUGAAGAGGUGGAGUUAGACAACGAUGUGGAGCUCCCAUCCGGGUCGCCCGGUGGGGCAGGCAGCCAGGAAUUGUUCACCAAUCCAGAGGUGUCUAGCCAGUCUCAGCAGUUGCUCUCCGGCGAGCAAGAAGCAGGAGAGGAGAGGCCUGAUGUGGCCUUGAGGAACACCCCACACACACCGGUCGUGCGUCUCCGCCAGAUAAGAAAGCACCAAAGACAGACCAAAGAAGACAUGUUCCGGAAGGGACUGCACUUCUCCAAUGCAGAGAAAAGGGAACACAAGGAGUGGAGGGAAGCCAAAAGGCAGGACAGAAAAGAAAAUCAGGAGUUUGUUAAGGACGCUACUGAAUGGAUGAUUAAAGUCACGGAGGAGCAAACAGAUGCUGAAGUCCUUAAUAAUUCUGCAGACUGAGCAGAUCCGUGCCCGCCCUCUCCUGCAGCACAUUCAGAACUCUUUUCCAUGCCCCCUCCAAACUCUGCCCACACAGUCCUGUCCCCUUUCCGGGCCUUCUCGGUUUCCCCUUCACUCCACCCCCUUGUAUAACUUUCAAAAUGAUAGCUGGACCUACACACAGCUCUGAAAGUCUGCCCUUCCCUGGUACCUCCU